ACAAUCCCAAAGCCGCCGGCCGCUUCUUCAAAACAAUUAAACACCUUACUUUUUGCCCUUCAAAUUCUCCGGCCGCCGGAUUCUUCUCUGUUUGUUACCAUAUGGAAGAUUCCACAACCCGCCGGCGAGUCGCUGCCUGCAGUGAAAACGCCUGGUGCCGUGCCGUCCCAGGCGGCACCGGCACCGGAAUCCUAGCUAUAUCCUCCACCGCAGCCCCAAAUCUGCCACAACUCCAAAAUGCCCUCCACAAACUCCAAAAUUCCCAUCCUGUCCUCAAAUCCAAACUCCAUUACAACCCCACUUCUUCCACUUUCUCCUUCCUCACCUCUUCCACUCCUUUCGUUCAGCUCAAAAUGUUCGGGAGUUCAGAAACUUCCAAAUUCCUAAAUGACCAAAAUGCCCAUAACAACGGCAACAUUUCCAUUUCCCCAUUCCAGAUUCUCCUCGAACGCGAACUCAACGACAAUACCCCUUGGCGGAACCUACAGUCCUCCGGCGACGGCACGGCGGACAUUUUGUUUGUUAACUUGUAUGAGGUUGGAUUGGGGAAAUGGGUGGCUAUAUUCCGGCUACACGUGGCGGUGUGUGACCGGACGACGGCGGUGUCGUUGUUGGAGGAGCUGCUUGUUUUGAUUAAGAGCGGCGGCGGCGGCGGCGGAGAUAAAAAGGAGGAAGUGGAGCUGGGACUGGAGGAUCUUGUUCCUAGAAAUUUAUCGAAGAAGCCAUUGUUGGCCAGAGGAUUAAAUCUGCUUAGCCACUCUGUGAACUCGAUGAGAUUAACGAAUCUGAAAUUCAAAGAUGUAAAAUCUGCGAGACGAUCGCAGUUGGCCAGGUUUCAGAUCAACCAAACCGAAACCCACAAGAUUCUCUCGGAGUGCAAGUUGAGAGGGUUAAAACUGAGUUCGGUGUUGGUGGCGGCGGGGCUGGUGGCAGCGCACAGCUCCGGCGGCCACGGGUUCGACCGCCACCACCGGAAGUACGGAAUCAUAACGCUAGUAGAUUGCCGGCGGUUUCUGGAGCCUCCGUUGACAUCCCACGAUUUCGGAUUUUACCAUGCUGCCAUCUUUAACUCUUACACCGUAAGAGGAGGAGAAGACCUGUGGGAGCUAGCAAAGAAAGUUUCGACUACAUUGGAGGCUUCCAAGAACUCAAACAAGCAUUUCACCGACAUGUCGGACCUGAACUUUUUGAUGUGUCGUGUCGUCGAGAACCCCAGUCUCACAACGUCGGGAGCAAUGAGGACGUCACUAAUGACGAUAUUCGAAGACACGGUGUUUGACAAUUCAGGUGAAAUGCAAAAAGAUAUCAACAUUGACGACUACAUAGGUUGUGCCUCCAUCCAUGGAAUCGGACCUUCCGCCGCUGUGUUCGACACCGUUAGAAACGGGCGGCUAGAUUGUGUGUGUGUUUAUCCAUCUCCAUUGCACUCUCGGGAGCAAAUGGAGGCUUUGCUUAGUAACAUGAAGGCUCUUCUCGUUAAGGGAUGAAGGAUGGUUUGCAUUUGGUGGGGGUGUUUUGGGAACUUUAUAUUUUGUUUUUCUUCUUCACUACCUUCUUGAAAUUAAGUCAUUUACGAAAAAGAAAAUAGGUUUAAAUACUAUUUAACGCUACAUACGUACUUUUCAGACGUGUUAUUACAAUUAAGUAACUAAUAGACCGAAAAUAGAUUAUUACUUGUUUUAGCUUA